CUCUCUGGUCUAGAACCAUCAGGGAAGCUCCACACCACCUCUUCCUCCUCAUCCUCGACACCUUAAGCCAGAGAAGUUCCGCGCAGUCCACCUCCUCCUCGAAGCAGCAAUGUCGGUGCGUAUGUUCGAGGGCACUGAACAUGCCUGCCUGUACAAGCGCUACCGGCCCACCCUGUCGGCAGAUGUCUUGAAAACUUUGACGGACUACGUGUGGGAAAAGACGGGGACAAAGCCCACCCUCACUGUGGACGUUGGCUGUGGGAGUGGCCAGGGCACGGAGCUUCUGGAUUCUUUGAGCACAAAAGUGUUGGGGAUCGAUGUGAGCCCAUCGCAGAUUGAAGAGGCGAUGCGCGCCAAACAUCCCGACAACAUCACCUACAAGGUGGGGCCAGCUGAGACCCUUCCCGUAGAGGAUGGCUCCGUGUCGCUGCUGACCGCCUUCGUGUCAGCGCAUUGGUUCGACCUGCCAGCCUUCAUGCACGAAGUCGAGCGUGUGCUGCAGCCGCGUGGCUGCCUCGUGAUUUACUCCUACAUGUACCCAGUUGACAUCGAGUGUGGAGUUUUCUCGGAGAAACUCACACAGAUCCUGUGGAAGGUAACCGAAGAUAUUCGCCCGUACGAGAGUCACAAGAUGAACCACGUGCGUGAAGAUUAUACUGCCAUGUAUGAGGCCAUUCCAUUUGCGGACAAGAAGAGGCUGGAGAGCAUCAGGAUAAUUGGACUCGUCAAGCUGCCGGAAUUAAUGGGGUUUAUCGGCAGCUUCGCCGAAUACCAGGCGCUGAAAGCUGAAGAUCCUCUUGCUGCACAGGCCUUGAUGGAGGACACCGAGAAAAGAGUAAAAGAGACUCUAGGUGACGCGGCAGGCACUGCUGAAAUGAAGAUCGUGGUGAAGACCGUUCUGCUGCUGGCCUGCAACAACUCUCAGAGCUCAUAAUGACACUGCUGUGACCGAGCGUUCGAAGCCACCUGUUUGUAGCAAACAAUACAGGGACUCCUCUGCUUAGGAACCUUUGACUUAAGAACUUUCAUAGAUUCGACGAACGAACCGUGUUUAGUGUACAUGCCGUACAACAUGUUUGGAAUCGACAGGAGUAAAGUUGGACUUAUAAACAAAUCAAUUUACAAACAUAACUCUGGAACCUCACUCGUUCGUAAGUGGAGAAGUCACUGUGGUGUCGUUUCAAAUAAAGCAACAGCAGGGAUUGCA